GGGUGCUUAUUUUGUUGUGUGUGUGCGCGUCUGUUACAGAAUGAAUCAGAGGCCCAGCCUGAGGAAACACCAACCCAUGCCCAGAUGUGUGAUGUGCAAGGCACAGAGACUAUUGAAGAAACACCCCCAAGUGCCAAGAAAUCAAAAGUAUUCGAGGACCUGUUUGGCGACUGCUUCUGCACUGAGGACCCAAGUGUCAGGAAGAAAACAGCCAAAGAGCUAGCUGAUGAUGAAAUUAGAAAGUACAGAGAUGUUGCAUCUCUGAGCCUGGGUGGUAAGGUGUUAGAUUGGUGGAAAGCUCACCAGGCUGAGUUUCCUCUCCUGGCCGACCUGGCCAAGACCUACUUGUGCAUACCUGGUACAAGUGUACCCUCCGAACGGGUAUUUAGCACAGCAGGGGACAUCGUGCGUUCAGAGCGUAGUGUUUUGUCUUCUGAGCAUGUGGACCAACUGAUUUUUUUAAAGAAAAAUCUGUCAAGAAGCACCAUUGAAGCAGGUAUGGAAGUGUAACAGAGCUGUACUUUUGUUUACUAGCUGUUCUCUUCGUUACAUCCCUUCAGUAUCUAGAACAGAUGCAUUACUAUUAUUGAAUGAAGUAUAGGCCUACUUUUUUGCUGCUAGUGCACAUUCUGGCUCAUUGCACUGACUGUGGAGUAUUUUUAUUUUAUAGUGAAUGAA